GAUCAAGAGUGAGCUGCUCGGGCAGGCCAAGUGAAACGAAUCUACCCAUCCACCGGGAAACGAAUGGCACUUGGAAAGGUGAACAGGAGUUUGGAUAGGCAUUGGACGUGAUUCUUGAUUCGUCGUCGCAACGUCCAUCUCUUGAUCUCCCUCUCGGUAUCGAAUCUCGGCACUUCUAUCUCAUACACCCUACCACCUCGCGUGUCGCUCGCCUUCCACAACGUCGCACCUCAACCUCGUCUCGUCAUUUCAUACUCACGGCUACCUGUUUGACCUCCGAUCCCGUAUGUCGUAUCUUCUGCGCGGCAGCACCACAUUUACCACCAUGGGCUGGGUUGACAAGGUGCCACGAGCCGGGAAACUUUAUAUUGGCGGCUUGUAUGGCCUGUACCAGACGGACUUAAUUGCAGCCGCAGGUGUAACGCAUGUCUUAUCGGUCAUCGAUUAUGAUCCUUUGUUGCAAGAGAAAUUCGCUCAUCUGACGCACCUUCACAUUCGUGCCGACGAUCAUCCCAACGAAAACCUUUUGCAAUACUUUCCCGAAGCAGUGCAUUACAUCGACCAUGCGCUGAAUGAAACGACCCGCAAGAGUGAGGACGAAAAAGCAAAAGGCCAAGACGAAGGCCAAGAAGAUAGGGGAGGCGUGUUCGUGCACUGCGCGAUGGGUAAAUCGCGCUCUGCUACACUCAUCGUCGCAUAUUUGAUGUGGAAAUACCACCUGGACCCUGCGACAGCCUUGGAGCAACUGUGCGAGGGCAGACCGGUAUGCGACCCCAACCCAGGAUUCAAGGAGCAGCUGCAGGUAUGGGAGAGGAUGUGCAAGAGUGACAAAGAGGAGGGGAAGAUGACGAUUUACAACCGCUGGAAACAAACCAGGUUCACGGGAGAAUACUGGGAAUGGGACCGUAGGGGACCCGGGUUUAAGGCAAAUCUUUGAGCUUCCGAGGAAGCGUACGAAUCGUGGGCUGGAGCAGCGUCUAUCAAGGCUUUUUUCUACCUAUCAUCUUCCUGGCGUGCUCGAACUGCACAUGGGCGCGAGUCGUCCCUAUCCACAUAUAAGGCUUCCGAGGAGCGUCGGCUAUAGGUCCCGCCAUCUACGUGCUCAUCCGUGGGUCAGCGACGGCCCGGAGCCCGCGCGACAGCCGCUCAAACCAACCCAUCAAACUACCCCGGACAUAACUCCGCAAAAUCGAAAUCAUCAAUGAAAGGUCGGGACUGGUCAGUUUCACCGCCAAGCGGUAGGUUCGACUGGAUGCACAGAAAACAUUCGAUCUUCGAUCAGAUUC